AUGACAACUUCUACACCACGCCAAAUGGACCCAAACAUUAUCUGUUUGGGUCCUACAGGUUCCGGAAAAACUUUGCUUUUAAGAAAACUGCAAAAUGAAAAUUCCGUGGAUAACACAACAACUUCCGUACCAACAGUCGGGACGGAUAUCGUCCUGAUAAAAUGGAAGCGCAAAGUGGGCGAAAACGGCACCGAAGUUGAAUCCGAAACAAAAAUUCGUGAACUUGGUGGAACAAUGGCGCCCCUAUGGUCCAAAUAUCUACACGGCGUAACUAAACUUCUCUAUGUUGUUGAUACGUCGAAUUUGUGCCAGAUUUCCGCUGCUGGAGUGUUACUCUACACGAUGUUAUCCCAUCCAGGACUACAAAAGACUAAAUUUUUGUUAGUGCUUACCAAAAUGGACGUCAGUUAUCGGCAGAUGCGUAACGAGGCGCUGUUGAUGCUGCAAAUGACGCGGCUGCGUAGUGAGAUAACGCAAAAUGUGCGUAUCGUCGAGGCAAGCGCUAUCGACGGCGAGGGACGCGUUGAAAUUUUACAAUGGUUAUUCAGCAAGUAAAACUUUCUCUGCUUUCUAUACGAAUCUAUACGGGAGCCAUUUUUUGUGUGCAACCAACCGAACACUACCAAAUAAAAUAAGAUAAGUGCGAGGUAAGCGGAAAGAAAGCAUAAAAUUAACACUUUUUGUGGUCUUUUAAAACUAAUAUAAAAGGUGCAAGCGUUUAACAAAUGCCAGUUAUAUAUUUAACUGGUUCUUGUAUAGUCAAUAAUAGACUUUAAUAGUUUCAAUUGUAAUAAUAAUAAUUGUCAUUGAGUAUUAUAAUGUUUCGAGCUUUGUUCACACUUUUCUGCUUAGUGGUUGCGUUUUUGAGUUUUUCCUACGCGAAAGCCAUCUAUGAAGAUUCUCAAGCAGCUGCAUCAGGCGGAGGUAAGAUAUUUUAAAAUGUUUUGUUGAGUUGUUUAAUUUCUGAUUCUUUUAUUGUAACUAGAUCAUCAUGGACGCGUGCAAAUUAAAGUUUAUCGCGGUCCCUCCGAUCAUGAAGAGCAUGGCCACGCUCCUUGGGGAUAUUGGGUAAAACAACCCGCUGAUGAUGACCACUAGAUGCUGUGUCCUGCUAACCUAAUCUUAAUACUUUUAAACUGUCUAAAUGAUUCUAUUAUUAAAUGUGGGUAAUUUUAUACUUUUAGAAUAAAAUUCUUCGAUUUUAAAA